AUGAGUGUCCUCCCUUUCAACCCCUGUGACGUCACCAGAGCCUUCCCCUAUGACGUAGCCAGCCCUGACCCCAUGCGUACUAACACAGACACCGGCCACCGGAGCUCCGCCGGUCCCAGUCCCGCUGCUUCAGCCGCUACCAUGGACCUCAGACCGGGCUUCGCUUUACUGCUGUGUGCCACUGUUGUCCACAUGGCACCGGUACCGGGGCAGGUGGGUGACAGGGCUUCUGCUGCUGACCAUGAGUGGACCGGCCUGGCUGACCACCUCCACACCCCACAGACUGAGGACCCUUCUGGAACAGAUCCACAGGUAUCAGCUGAGACUGGACAGAAUGUGACUCUGCAGUGCCGCGGUCCACCUGACCCCGCCAUGGUGAAAUGGGUCCGACCGGACCUGGAGAGAGACGGGUACGUCCUCUACGUACAGGGUCGGAUCAGACCCAGCUACCACCAUGAGGCGUACAAGAACCGAGUGGAACCCCUAGACCCACCCAUGAAGAACGGCGUGUACUCUGUGGUCCUGAUGAACGUCAGCAGCAGCGACAACGGCACGUACAAGUGUGUGAUCGGAAUGCAAGGGCAAGAACCUACUGAACAGAAGGUCCACCUGCAGGUUUCAGAUGGAAACGAUGAGGAGGGAGGAGUCAAGGACGCAGGAGACAAGGAGGAAGGAGUCAAGGAGGGAGGAGACAAAGGAGGAGGAGACAAAGAAGGAGGAGUCAAGGAGGGAGGAGACAAGGAGGGAGGAGACAAAGAAGGAGGAGUCAAGGAGGGAGGAGACAAGGAGGGAGGAGUCAAGGAGGGAGGAGUCAAGGAGGGAGGAGACAAGGAGGGAGGAGUCAAGGAGGGAGGAGACAAAGAAGGAGGAGACAAGGAGGGAGGAGACAAGGAAACAGGAGUCAAGGAUGCAGUAGUCAUUGCUCUGUGUUGUGUUCUGGGUGCCGUCCUCGUUGUGGGCCUCACUGUGUUGUAUGUGAAGCGGAGAUGUGAAGCGUCUGCAGGAGACACUCCUGACACCGUGGUCUCCUGGUCCAGGACCAGUGGACUCCAGUACUUUUAUACCAAACUGAAACCAGCUUUAAAGGGUAAAGUGACAGGACCUGAAAACACUGACCCUCAGGACCAGGGUUAG